AUGGGGGCUCUCCCGGCGCUGCUGGGGGCCGCCUUGCUUUGGGCCGGCGCCGGCGCCCUCGUCAACCUCAAGUACUCGGUGGAGGAGGAGCAGCGGGCCGGCACCGUUAUCGCCAACGUCGCCAAGGACGCGCGGGACGCCGGCUUCGUGAUAGACCCCCGGCAGCCCACCGCCUUCCGAGUGGUCUCCAACUCGGCCCCCCACCUGGUGGACAUCAACCCCGGAUCUGGGCUGCUGGUCACCAAGCAGAAGAUCGACCGGGACCUGCUGUGCCGGCAGAGCCCCAAGUGCGUCAUCUCGCUGGAGGUGAUGUCCAGCUCCAUGGAGAUCUGCGUGAUCAAGCUGGAGAUCAAGGACCUCAAUGACAAUGCGCCCAGCUUCCCCACUGACCAGAUCGAGCUGGAGAUCUCAGAGACAGCCAGCCCCGGCACCCGUGUCCCACUGGAAAGUGCCUAUGACCCAGACUCGGGCAGCUUUGGAGUGCAGAGCUAUCAGAUCACCCCCAAUGACCUCUUUGGGCUGGAGACCAAGACACGGGGAGAUGGCUCUCGCUUUGCUGAGCUGGUAGUGGAGAAGAGCCUGGACCGUGAGACCCAGUCCCACUACAGUUACGUGAUCACGGCGCUGGAUGGCGGAGACCCGCCCAACUUUGGCACAGUGGAGCUGAGCAUCCGCGUCAUCGACUCCAAUGACAACAACCCUCUCUUCGAGGAGCCGGCCUAUACUGUCAGCGUGCCUGAAAAUGCCCCACCAGGCACACCAGUCAUCCGCCUCAACGCCUCUGACCCGGAUGAGGGCACCAAUGGGCAGGUGCUCUACUCUUUCCACAGUUAUGUCUCUGACCGGGCUCGAGAGCUCUUCCAGAUUGACCCUCAGAGCGGCCUCAUCACAGUCAGUGGUGCCAUCGACUAUGAGGAGGGACAUGUAUAUGAGCUGGAUGUGCAGGCCAAGGACUUGGGACCUAACUCCAUCCCUGCCCACUGCAAAGUGACCAUCAGCGUGCAGGACGCCAAUGACAACCCUCCCCUCAUCAACCUUCUCUCUGUUAACAGCGAGCUGGUGGAGGUGAGCGAGAACGCCCCUCCAGGGUACGUCAUUGCCUUGGUGCGGGUCUCGGACCGCGACUCGGGGGCCAACGGACGUGUGCAGUGCAAGCUGCUGGGCAACGUACCCUUCCGGCUGCAGGAGUACGAGAGUUUCUCCACCAUCCUGGUGGAUGGGCGGCUGGACCGUGAGCAAAGGGACCAGUACAACCUCACCAUCCAGGCCAAGGACAAUGGUGUCCCCUCCUUGCAGGCUACCAAGUCCUUCACUGUCAAGAUCACCGAUGAGAAUGACAACCACCCUCACUUUUCCAAGCCCUACUACCAGGUCAUCGUGCAGGAGAACAACACCCCGGGGGCCUACCUCCUCUCGGUCUCAGCAAGGGACCCUGACCUGGGCCUCAAUGGCAGCGUCUCCUACCAGAUCGUGCCCUCCCAAGUCAGGGACAUGCCUGUCUUCACCUAUGUCUCCAUCAACCCCAACUCUGGAGAUAUCUAUGCUUUGAGGUCCUUCAAUCAUGAACAGACCAAGGCCUUUGAGUUCAAAGUCUUGGCGAAAGAUGGGGGCAAUCCCUCUCUGCAGAGCAAUGCCACUGUCAGGGUGAUCGUCCUGGACGUCAACGACAACACCCCGGUGAUCACUGCCCCACCAUUGGUCAAUGGGACCGCGGAGGUUUACAUCCCCCGGAAUGCAGGGGUUGGCUACCUGGUGACAGUGGUCAAAGCAGAUGACUAUGAUGAGGGUGAAAAUGGCAGGCUUUCCUAUGAAAUGGUGGAAGGAGACAGAGGAUUUUUUGAGAUAGACCAGGUCAAUGGAGAGAUAAGGACCACCAGAGCCUUUGGGGAGAAUGCCAAGACAGCCUACGAGCUGAUCGUGGUGGCUCACGACCAUGGAAAAACAUCCCUGUCGGCCUCUGCCUUGAUUUUGAUAUACUUGUCCCCAGCCCUGGAUGCCCAGGAGUCCAUAGGAUCUGUUAACCUCUCCCUGAUUUUCAUUAUUGCCCUGGGGUCUAUUGCAGCCAUUCUUUUUGUCACCAUGAUCUUCGUGGCCGUAAAGUGCAAAAGGGAUAACAAGGAAAUCAGGACCUAUAACUGCAGAAUUGCUGAGUACUCCUACGGGCAUCAGAAGAAAUCAAGCAAGAAGAAGAAAAUCAGCAAGAACGAUAUCCGCCUGGUUCCGCGCGACGUGGAGGAGACGGAUAAAAUGAACGUUGUGAGCUGCUCCUCCCUCACCUCGUCUCUCAACUACUUCGACUACCACCAGCAGACUCUGCCGCUGGGCUGCCGCCGCUCCGACAGCACCUUCCUCAAUGUGGAGAGCCAGAACAGCCGCAACGCCGGCUCCAACCACAUCUACCACCACACCUUCACGGGACAGAGCCCCCAGCAGCCCGACCUCAUCAUCAACGGGAUGCCACUGCCUGAGACUGAAAAUUACUCCUUUGACUCCAACUACGUGAACAGCAGAGCUCAUUUAAUAAAAAGCAGCUCCACGUUCAAAGACCUGGAGGGAAACAGCCUGAAGGACAGCGGCCAUGAGGAGAGCGACCAGACUGACAGCGAGCAUGACGUGCAGCGCGGCCUCUACUGCGACACGGCUGUCAACGACGUGCUCAACACCAGCGUGCCCUCCAUGGGUUCGCAGGGCCCCGAACCAGAUCAGAGCGAAGGAUUUCAUUGCAGGGAAGAAUGCCGCAUCCUGGGCCACUCGGACCGGUGCUGGAUGCCCCGCAGCGCCGUCCCCAGCCGCGCCAAGUCCCCCGAGCACGGCAGGAACGUCAUCGCCCUCUCCAUAGAAGCGACGGCGGUGGACGCAGAGCCUUACGCAGACUGUAGUGCCAAAAGGACCUUCGCCACUUUCGGCAAGGAGGGCGGCGAGCCGCCGGCCGAAGAACGGCCCGCCAACCCCAAAGGCAAAAGAACGGUGGAGCCGGCCGCCGGCAGCCCCAAGGUGAGCGGCACCGUGCGCGAGGCGGGCAAUGGCUGCGAGGCCGCCAGCCCCGUCACCUCGCCCCUGCACCUGAAGGGCCCCGCGGCCUACGGCGGCCUGCCCUGCCCCGCCGGCCGGCCCCCGGCGAACACUGGCCCUGCGCGGCCCGCGGAGGCCGAGCCCAGGGGGGCGGACAGCGAGGGCAGCCUGCAGGAGGGCAACCCGCUGCUGCAGGACCGCAGGGAGAAGGACUCGCCGGCAGGCAGGAGACUGAGGGACAUCGUCCUCUGAGCAGCGCCCGGCCGCCCAAGGGGCCCAGCGGGUCGUUUUUAUCGCUUACCAAUGGUUCACAGAUCGCUGUAUUUAAAAGCUUUCCCUAAAUGUAUUGUUUAUAAAUGAAGCUGUUGUUAAUGUGACAAUCCCACUUGUUUCAGCAGGCGGCAGGGGUGUUCUGUGGGCAAAUAGCGCGUUUUCCUUUUGCCAAGAGGCAGCGGCAGAGCCAAGCGUCGCGUCUCUUGGAUUUAUAUAUUUUUGUACCUCAACGCCAACGUAAAUCUCUGUAAUGCUCAAGAAUCGAAUUCCAAAUUCCCUCUACAGACCCUUUUUUGCAGGCAAAGCAAUGGCCAUUUCUUGCGCACGACUUUCAAAUUACAUCUGAGUGAGUUUUAAUAUUCGCCCCACGCAAGGUUGUUUCUGUCUGAAGAUGUUGCUAUUUUGCUGUGGACACCCCUGCGUUUAUGAAUCCUUUUGCUGUCACAUGCUUAUCUGUACUACUAUUGUAUUUGAUAUCGCAAAUUACUGUCCGUCUAGUGAUGGCAAAAGGCUUUCAAGUUUAAAACAAACAAUCACCACCAUCUCACCGAACCCUUGGGGAGUUCCAGACCGAGUGGGACAAGUGCUAUUUCCAGUCCCCACCAUCUGCAGCCUCCACCUGCUCUCAGGGCAGGAUGUUAUAAGAAGGCAUCUUGGGGAAAAUUCUGCCUGAAUUGCAACCGCCAUAUGCACUGUGCCGAAGUUUUUCCCUUUAUCCACUUCCUUAGUGUAACUUCAAGGCAAUGCAUGGAAAGGUGUUUUUUUUUUCCAGAAGUUUCUUUCUUGUUUUCAGCUCCUGGAUUUAGACAUGCCCUGUCUCGAGUCAUUUCAAAGUCAAAGUGACGGAAUUAUUUAGGAGAUCUAAAUUACCUUCUCAAUUAGACACACACUUCCCAGUCAGCGUUUCCCAGCCAUGAUUAUGCUAAGUGUGUGUGUGUAUGUAUGUCAUCAUGGCAUGGAUUUUAGACUGUUCCGAUUUCUUUUUAUCCCUGCAUCAUGAAUAAGCAUGGAGUGAGCAACAGCGAUGUUAAUUUAGGGGCAGACAGGUGAUAUGUAACAACACUACUAAUUCAAUUAAUGUGCCUUCUUAAUGGAGAAAAAAUUAAAGCGAUUCAUUAUUUUUUCUCAUAAUUAGGGACUUUUUUUUGUGUGGGUACAAAUUUACUCAUAUAAAAUUGAUUUAAAGAUUGAGCUACUUUAAUAGCCAUUUUGUAGGGGGGAGAGACGGGAAGAGUUUCACAGCUCUCUGCUCUCUUUCAGUGAUAAUUCCUCAGUGAGGUAUGAGUACGGUAGGAGGAUUUCAGUUAGUGUAGCAUUUUUAUUAACCCUUCACUUGUCAGAUUUUCCUACCUUAAAUAAUGUUUCAUAGAAUUUAAAAUUGAUUUUGGGAGGGAAAAUAUAUAGCUCUUGCCAAUGUUUGCUGUACCAGCAAGUUGAAAUUAGCAGUUUCUAGAGAAAUAGUCUUUCUAGGCAUACAUUUCAUGAUAAAAUAUUUGUUACUUUGAUUUAUUUAAAUUAAAAACGUCAACAGGAAAACAAGCUCCAGUCAUUAUUGUCCUCAACAUAAAAUAAGCUCGAGUAAUUUGUUUCUUCAGGGUGAACUGACACUGCCUGAAGUUGUAGCCAUUCUGAGACAGGUUGGCAGUCAGUGUAUUCCCCAUGCCACUUGCUAGGGCCAGGUGUUGGGAAGGAACCAACCAACAAAGGUCCUCUAACAAAAUUUGUGAUGCUUCCCUCUGGUGUUAUUACUACCUCAUUCAGAUCAAAUCCUGUGCAUUAAUGUAAUGUCAUGUACCCCUCCUAAACGUGAACCAGGGAUUUUUCUCUCUCUUCUGGAGUUUGAGCCUGUGGUUAAGGGAUAUGUUAUUUCUGUUCCUGCGUUGUUUCCUGCCUGCGUACUGUACUGCUGUCAUUUGUUUUUGGUUUUGUUUUUGUUUCUUUCCAAAUGUGUGUAUCUUUAUAAAACAAGCAACAGAAGAAACGGGCUGGCUUGGGGCUGUUAAAGCAACUGGGUUUUCUGUAAACGUUAAGCUGGGUUUAUUCUGACAUUACCUGUUUUUGUCAGCUCUGCUGGGCUUUCUUUGAGGAAAAUCCAUGUAUUAUUUUGCUGAGCGAAAGCGCCUGCUCGAUACACAUCUGUCCCCUCUGCAGAAACCAUCCCAUGCCUUUGAACAUCAUCCCCCCAUCACAGACAGACCUCGCAACCUCCAUCUGGGAGCAGGAUGGGACCGGUGCCCUCGGCCCCAUCACAGCCACAGGGAUGAGAGCAUGGCCCCCUUUGCCCCAGGCAUCCAUAACCCCCACCACCCGCCUCCAGCACCUGAAAAGUGCUGGCUGUUAAUUUGUGCUGAGCCUUGCCCUCUGCCUGCGGAGCUGCCACCACCAGCCUGGUGAUUUUGGAUGAAAAAUAGAUGCUAACUGAAAAGGAAGAAAGGGAAAAAAAACCAACCCAGAAACAUUUCUCUAAUUUACCCAGAGGAAACAUUCCUUGCCACUCUGAAUAAAAGCACAGCCGAGAAGGGAUGCGAAAUAAUUCUGUAUUAAAAGGGGGCAUUCAAGAGGUCAGUAAGCCCUUAUGCCUCCAAGAAAAUCGUUUAAACAACAGUUUUGCCUGGGCUGACCCAUGCCACAGCUGAGGAUGCUGAGCGAGGGGCCCUUCCCUGCCAUGUCCUUGCUGUGUGGGAUGAGGGCCUCCACUCCACCUCCCCUCCCUUCAUUGGAUUUGGGCACUUCUGUCACCAUCCUUCCCUGUCAUUUGAGAUGAGUUCAGGGCUCCUGGGCAAAUCACAGCAUAUCUUAGUUUUGUAAUAGCUGCAUCAAAACUGGUCAUGCAAAAACAUAAAGGCUGCAGGGUGGGUGAUUUUUUUUUGGGGGGGGGAGAGAGGCUCCAGACCCAAUGAAUGCUUCUUUAGUAACUUAAACCUGUCCUCAGAUUUGGUUUAGGAAAGCAAACUUGGAUCUGUUGGUUUCCUUCAGGCAGCCUUGCUCUGCUCCCCUGGAGAAACAGGGCAGCAGCUGCUGUGCCUGAUUCUGUACCGAGCAUGACGAGGACCUGGUCUGGAGCAGCCCGUGCGAUGUCCCUGUGUGCCACCCUCUGCCAGCUUGAAUGUCCCUUCAUCACAAGGGAUGGGCAGCGGGGACGGGGACCUUUGGUGGCUGAGAAAACCAUCGCUGAGUGCUUGGUGCACUGUUGUGAAGCUGGAGGUGGCCUGUGGAUCACACCUCACGCAAAAGUGAAUUCCCUUCUGCUUUUUUUUUGUUUUGUUUUUGUAUGUUGGUUUUGUUUUUUUUGUUUUUUCUUUUUUUCCAAAUAGGAAACAAGUUCCUUUUGUAAAGAACACACUGUCUGAUGAACAUGUUGAAAUUAUUCAUGGGAAAAAAAAAAUAAUUAUGAACGGAAACACAUUUGUCUGUCGUUGGGGAGCAUGGAUGAUCCUGUUGCUACUGCUGCUUUUGCAGCUCUGGUGAUCCUUUACCCCAUCCGGGAGCUGUGGUUACCUUGGGGAGAAGCCCAGCCGCCUCCACUGCAAGCACUGCUGGGAUGGAUCCUCAAUCGCCAUCAGCUGAUGUUCAGCUGAUCUACGCUGGGAUAUAAUCUUUAAACACAAAGAGCUGACCUAAUGCAGACUGCUUUUCAGCAAGCAUCGCCUCCUUGCACUAUUCCAAGGUGACAGGUAUGAGCUGCAGGCGGCGCGUCCCGCAGCAGGAGGAGCAGCACGGCACCGCGCGGCGGUGGGACUCAGUGCGGUGCGUCUCGUCGUGGUGUCUCCGUUGCUGAUGAUACGAAGAAUAAUUUGUUGUAUAUGCUGAUAUGUAUGUUAUGUACAUUUUCACAGUGAUUGAAUCAUUGUAAAGAACAAAAUGGAAAAGAAAAAAAAAAUUCACCAUUCUGUCUAUUUUAUGAAGAUGAUAAAGCAGCUUUAUUAAAUUAUUACGAUUCUGUUUCAAAAUGGUGUACCUGCCACAUGGGUUUUUUUCAUCCGAUGAGAACUUUGUUUUCCACCUAAAUGUGACUUUCUUUUCUCUGCUUUGAGCAUCUAAUGCAUUUUAGUAUUAAAGCAAUUAUUG